AUGCCUUUUCUGGACCCUUCAGAGAGUCUCCUCUCCGAUAGGGUCCUCUCACAGCUUACGGACUCAGAAAGGCCAUCUGCAGAGGAACCCCUGCAAGCCACUGGAAUUCAGGGAGACAAGGUACGCCAGGCGUCUUCCGCCUGGCGUGAGACCCCCCCCACCAGGAUUAUUGACAGGCAUGCGCAUGGCCACUCUGGCUGGCUUCACCAGAGACACAGAAGCGAUGAGUUUGGCGAUGCUCGGGAUCCGGGGCCUCAACUGUGCCAACAAAACGCCUUCAAUUCUGACGAACGCACGGUUCCUGUAUUUCGUUAUAACUCAGCGCAAGACGAAGAAGCCAGCGGCUGUCAGGGCGCAGCAGGAGGGUCUCCGGGCGGAGCGCCUGACCAUGUUCUUUCCUUUCUUCCUUCUCAAUCCUGUAUGCCACCGCUGCUUCAUAGAUACACCGGCACCACUACUCAGUCUCUGCUCGUGGGUGUUACAUGUUGCGUUAUCAACAUUGCGUUGUACAUAACCAGCGGUGUAGUGAGUCGCGUGCUACAACAGCAGGAGCACGUGACAGCUCAUCUUGGCUCCGAGCUGCAGGACGGUGCCAGCUCCCCUUGUUCCCGAGAGACAGGCGGGGAGGAGGCUGUGGAUUGUGGUGAACAAGUUCUGGAGGUGAGGAUUGAGCACUUGCGGGUGCCCUAUCUGAUGGUAUGGCUCCCACAGGCGUGUCAAGUAUUCUUUCUCUUUAUUGCCCUCAAAGCAAUAAAGGCAAAGUAUGAUCCCACAAGGCUCCGCGGCAGUGCUCGCAACGGAGAAGGGGAAGCAGAAGGGCCCCCCAUCAGCGAAGUGGAACUGCAGAAUUGUACCACCGCAGCAGCCGGUUCACGGCACGAACCCCCCGAUCAUGACACGGAGGCCAUGCUGCAUGCGAAAAAGACGCGAGGUCUGACACAGCUCUCGAAAUCUACAAGUCAUGGGCAAGACGGAGUGGUCUUGAGGGAUGUAGGAGAUGCCUUAUCAGCGCCUGCUGACCAUUGUGAAGAUAUUGAAGUUUCAACAAAAGGAGGCACACAACGAAGUUACGCACCCAGUCACACUGACUCAUGGGGACCUGAGGCUAAUGCAAUUGAAGCCGAGGACAGAGAAGAGCCGCUUGUCACUAGUAACUGCACCAGCCGUGCACCAAUGCAGCAAACAGGAUUUGGAUGCUUCAGAUGCUGGCAGUUGGUGGAUGAUGCGUUCACGAGGCGCUUGUAUACCCCGUACCUCAGGGACUACAACUUGAGUGUGCAGGCUUUCCUAAAGGAAGAAGUGCAAUAUGAGAGCCUCGCAAAACUGGUCUUUGCGUGUUUUCUCGUCUUGUGUCUUUACCUCUUGCAGGGUUGGUUUUGGAGCAUUGCGGUUGGUGCGACCGGCAUGAGUGUCUGCAGUGUGACCGCCAUUUACAGCACUAACUCCCUUUUCGUGUUUUUGUUCACUUCUUUAAUAUAUAAGGAGGGAGCCGAUGACUUUAUACAGAUGAUCGCCUUGAUCUUAGCCACUGUAGGGGUUGCCCUCAUUGCCUAUGAGAGCCAGGGAGAACCCCAGUCCAUCACUGGAGUGGUGCUCUCUAUUUGCGCCUCAGCCACGUAUGGCUUGUUCGAAGUCUUGUAUAAAAUGUACCUCUUGCAGAACCGUUCAAACCACCCACUCACUUUUGUGUUUUUUGUCUCUGGAAUUAUGGGCGCACUUGCCCUUCUUUUUUUGUGGGUGCCAAUACCCAUUUUGCACAGUUUGAACUAUGAAACCUUUCCCAGUUCACCUCCUCCUUUCCUCGCUAUCUUUCUGCUGGCUGUUUGUUGUGUCUGUACCACUAUUUAUAACACCCUCCUGCAGGUGUCUCUCAUGCUACUGCCCUCUCCAAUGCUGGUUGCCAUGUGUUUCCUGCUGUCUCUGCCUCCCGCCGCGGCCUCUGAUGCUCUCAGGGGAGGGGGAGGAGGUGUUGGGAGUUCAGGGUGUGCCUUUAUUGCAUUUUCUCUAAUGAUCACCGGUAUUAAGGAAUGGAAUAUCAAGGAGCACGAAGAGCAACAGAACCCCAAUCUGAGAGACCUCUGCAUGCCUUUUGUCCAUGAGGAUAGAAGACUGAGUGCGGAGGUGUUCCAGGAUAGUGAAACUUAA